ACCUCUUCCCUCCCCACCGCCCCUCGGCUCGUCUUCCUCCCCCAUCCCCUAGACUCUCCCCUCCCAGCCCUCGCGCUCUCGCUCGCCCUCAGCGCGUCCCCCGCCAUGACGGAGGCGGGUGCCGGUGCCGUUGCCGCCGCCGCCGUCGUCGCAGGGGGGGAGUCGGGUUCCCAGAAAGUAGCUUGAUGAGUGUCCAAAGUAGCAGUGGAAGUUUGGAGGGGCCGCCAUCUUGGUCCCAGCUCUCCACGUCUCCAACCCCGGGCUCGGCGGCGGCGGCCAGGUCCCUGCUGAAUCACACGCCGCCAUCCGGGAGGCCCAGGGAAGGUGCAAUGGAUGAGCUUCACAGUCUGGAUCCAAGAAGGCAAGAGUUACUGGAAGCUCGAUUUACUGGAGUUGCAAGUGGAAGCACUGGGAGCACUGGUAGUUGCAGUGUUGGAGCUAAAGCCUCAACAAAUAAUGAAAGCUCUAAUCACAGUUUUGGAAGCUUGGGAUCUUUAAGUGACAAAGAAUCAGAGAGACAACUGGCAGGCAGCUGAAAGGACCGUGCCAGUGACGGGACUUUAUCUGCACUAGGUUCCCUUGAGACACCAGAGAAGAAACAAUCAGAAUCAUCCAGGGGAAGAAAGAGAAAAGCAGAAAACCAGAACGAAAGUAGUCAGG